AUGCAUUGGAUACUAUCCCCCGAGCCGCCUGUGCCCACACUUGCAGUGCCUCUAGUUGAAAACCUCAUCUCUAGCCAGGAAUUUAUUUCUGCAGAGAAUCCAAUCGCUUGGAUGAAGCAAAAAUUAAUGAUAAAUGAGCAAGAAAUCCAACAGAUUGCCUGUCUUACCACUGGUCAAAAGGAAAAUUGCAUGUGGUCAUCUGUUAGGAAGAAUAGAUUAACAGCUUCAAACUUUGGUUGUGUUUUGGCAGCGAUCAAGAGAAAUAGGUAUACUUUUUGCUCCUUAUAUAACACAUAUCCUGUCUCCUUAUACAAAAGAUUAUGCUCAGUUUAUGAUCUGUCAAAGAAGGAUGCCAUUAUUUGGGGGACAUGCAAUGAAAAAGUCGCAAUUGAAAAGUAUAGAGUUUUUGGGGAUGCAGUUGUAGAGCAAACAGGUAUCUGGCUACACUGUAAUGGGGUUUUUGGGUCAAGCCCCGAUGGACUCAUUCGUCGUCCUGCUGCAUUCGGAUUCAGCUAUCAGAAUCCAGGACUCGCUUACAUAUUAGAGAUGUCAAACGUUAAGCCAGAAAUACUGGAGGUGAAAUGCCCCUUUUCAGCAAAGAAUAUGACAAUUCCAGAAGCUAUUGAAAAAAUACAUGAUUUCUGCCUAGAUAAUAAUAAGGUUCAGGAUUUUAAUGGAGUCAAGUCCUUCAAGCUACGAGAGAACCACCAAUACUAUGAUCAAGUGCAAGGACAGCUUCAGAUAACUGGGAAAUCCUUGUGUGAUUUUAUGGUCUGGACACCAAAAGACUGUGCGAUUGUGAGAAUUAACAAAGACAUCAAUUGGGAGAUCAACAUAUCUGUUUUGACGGACUUUUAUUUCUGUAAAUUUCUCCCGUAUUUACAAUAGCUAUAAGAUAUAACAUUAAACAUGGUGAAAACAUUUUAAUUUUAAUAUCUUAGUUAUCUACACUUGCAAAAUUCUGAGCAAUUUCCUGCAUAAGGGGAUCCUGAAAAUUGACUAAAACACAGCAUAAUUGAAAGACUUUUGUAGAAAUAUAUCUAAAUUGCUGCGGAACAUGCCUUAAAAUUUCACAAUUCUUAAUACGCUCAUUUGCUCUUUCAACAUGUAUGCGUGACUUAGCAAUUCUUCGACAUAGUUGGACCUCACUGGGGGUGUAUUGGGAUUUAGAUGUAAGAAAGGG